GAUCAAGCAGGAACUGCAGGGAGCUCCUCCAGCCAAAAUGACUCUAUCCAAAGAAGUGGAGUAUCCUGCUCCACAGAAGCAGCUUUCCAGCACCGGUUUGUACCCCAGCACCAAAGACAUGGAGUUCAGUGCUAGUUUGGAACAGAUGAAUGGGGAAGUUUUCCAGGCAGUGGAGCCUCCCAGGAGAUCUACGGGCCGGCUGAUUAUGCACAGCAUGGCUAUGUUUGGAAGGGAAUUUUGCUACGCUGUGGAGGCAGCCUUCGUAACCCCUGUUCUGCUCAGCGUGGGAUUGCCCAGGAGUUUGUACAGUCUUGUCUGGCUCAUCAGCCCCAUCUUGGGAUUCAUUCUCCAGCCGGUCGUGGGAUCUGCCAGUGAUUACUGUCGGUCUCGAUGGGGGAGAAGGAGGCCUUAUAUCUUAUGUUUGGGGAUCAUUAUGGUGCUGGGGAUGACACUCUACCUCAAUGGAGAUACUGCAGUAACGGCCGUUCUCGGGACCAGCCCAGAAAAAACGACCUGGGCUAUUGUGAUUACUAUGCUCGGAGUGGUCGCCUUUGAUUUUGCGGCAGACUUUAUCGAUGGGCCGAUCAAGGCUUAUUUGUUUGAUGUGUGUUCGCACCAUGAUAAGGAAAGGGGGCUUCAUUAUCACGCACUCUUCACUGGUCUCGGAGGAGCUCUGGGGUAUCUGACUGGUGCUAUGGACUGGGGUUCAACUUUCCUUGGAAGGAUAAUGGGAUCUGAAUUCCAGGUCAUGUUCUUCUUUGCCUCUUCAGUCUUCCUCAUUUUCCUUGCGGUGCAUUUGUGCAGUAUUCCUGAAAUCCCCCUCGAAGAUGAGAAACAAGAAACACAGAUGCUGCUGAAACAUGACCAUCUCGGUGCUUAUGGGUCAAUCGAUAAAGCUCAAAAUGGAAUUUUAAAAAACAGGAAGACCUCAAGAUCAUUAUCUCAGGUGGAAGAAAAUAACCCAAAUGACCGAGAAGAGCAGGUGCAAAAACGGAUGACGGUUAAAUCACUGAUCAGUGCUCUUUUUACCAUGCCUGCUCAUUAUCGCUACCUGUGCCUGAGCCACUUAAUUGGAUGGACCGCUUUCCUUUCGAAUAUGUUGUUCUUUACGGACUUUAUGGGCCAGAUCGUAUACCAUGGAAACCCCUAUGCAGAACAUAACUCCACAGCAUAUCUAACCUAUGAAAGAGGAGUGGAAGUAGGCUGCUGGGGUAUGUGUAUCAAUGCAAUCUCCUCAGCGUUGUAUUCAUACAUUCAGAAAGCACUUCUUCCAUAUAUCGGAUUGAAAGGCCUAUAUUUCCUUGGCUACCUUCUGUUUGGAUUGGGCACUGGGUUUAUUGGGCUGUUUCCCAAUGUUUACUCCACCCUAGUCCUCUGCUCCCUUUUUGGGGUAAUGUCAAGUACCUUGUACACUGUGCCCUUCAAUCUGAUUUCCGAGUAUCACCGAGAAGAAGAGCAGGAAACGCAGCCCAAUGGGAAGACACCGACACCGUCAGACAAUCGAGGGAAAGGAAUCGACUGCGCGGCCCUUACCUGCAUGGUGCAAUUGGCUCAGAUCAUUGUGGGUGGCGGCCUGGGAUUCCUUGUCAGCCUUGCCGGGAGUGUUGUCGUCGUCGUUAUUUCUGCUUCAGCGGCGUCAUUGAUUGGCUGUUGUUUUGUUGCUCUGUUUGUUCGAUAUGUGGAUUAGUAAAGUACAUUUCUGCUCA